AUGCCAAACGUCCUAGUACUGUCCUUCGAAGGUUUCUCCUUCUCUUCCCGCCAGCUCUACGAGCAACUCCUGCCCAAGCUGCUCUCCCGCGCUGCCAUACAUGAGUCUCUCACGAUACAGGAUGCUAUGAACUACAUUCUCUCCGGCUGGCCCAAUGUGAUCCUCGUGACUGAUCCGGUGAUUGCCGAAGAAAGUGAAGAGUCACAGAGACUUCUGGAGGCCGUGGCAGACUACACCAAGCACCACAGCUGCACAACCAUUCUGAUGGGGUUCUUUGUUGCAGCCAUAGAAACGGAGACGCUCGACUACAUCUUCAAGCACCACUUCAAUCUCAAGUGGAAAGCAUUGCCCGAGGAACCUAGCACCCACGAGGCGAGGAUUCACGCUUCUGAUCAGUCCCUGCUGCGGACAACGACGCUGGUCCCCAAGUUGGUGGCGAAUGCGGCGUGGUUGACAGGGGUGGCGCCGCCACAGGCGACCUACUUUGGGCCGAUUGAGAGAGGCAUAGCGUAUGCUGCUUUUACGAGAGUCGGCCUGGGAAAGCUGGGAUAUAUAGGGGACACGGGAUUUGGGGAUGAACCGGAGCGGUUAGUGCUAGCGAUGUGCCAUCUGGACCGGCCGGAGGAUCGCAUAAUGCAUGAUGAGGAUUUUGAGAAGUAG